AUGGCACGGUCAACAAAGUCUGGCACCAUUGACUUGGGCCUGGGUUCUUGGAACCUUACCUCCCAGGAAGACUGCCAAGGGGCUGGAGCACACUGCAGGGGUUCUGGCAAGCAGCUGCCUGAGUACAAGGCGGUGGUGGUGGGUGCGAGUGGUGUGGGCAAGAGUGCUCUGACCAUCCAGCUGAACCAUCAGUGCUUUGUGGAGGACCACGACCCCACCAUCCAGGAUUCCUACUGGAAAGAGUUAGCCUUCGACCAGGGAGGUUACAUUCUGAAUGUACUGGAUACCGCAGGGCAGGCCAUGCACAAAGCUCUCCGUGACCAGUGCCUGGCUGCUGGUGAUGGUGUGCUGGGUGUCUUCGCUCUCAAUGACCUCUCCUCACUGACCCAGCUGCAGCAAAUACGGGACACCUGGGGCCCUCAUAUCAGGAAGCCCCUUGUCCUUGUGGGCAACAAGUGUGACCUUGUGCCCACCACUGGCGAUGCUCAUGCUGCUGCUGAAGCCCUUGCCCAGAGCUGGGGGGCGCCCUUCGUGGAGACCUCAGCUAAGACACGGCAAGGUGUAGAGGAGGCCUUUUCCCUGCUUGUCCAUGAGAUCCAGAGGGCUCGAGAAGCCAGGGCAAAGGAGGCCAAGGCAAGGCCAAAUGGGAAGCAUAAGACUAUGUGCCGCUGUGGCUGCUGUGUGGCCUAA